AUGACGUUUCCCAGCGGUCACGUGACUCUUUACAGUAAGUCCAACAUGGCAGAUGGAGUAGGUCUUGCACGGUGACUAAAAGCAACAUUUCAGCUGAAGCGGCCGAACCAAACUCCGCUCCACCGCGGUACAUCCACGAUGAGGGAGAGACAGAAGAAAAAGAAGGGGAGGACGUGGGCGGAAGCCGCUAAAACGGUUUUAGAGAAGUAUCCUAAUACCCCCAUGAGCCAUAAAGAGAUCCUGCAGGUGAUCCAAAGAGAGAGGCUGAAAGAAAUCAGAAGUGGAACGUCGCCGCUGGCAUGUCUGAACGCUAUGCUGCACACAAACUCUCGCGGUGAGGAGGGGAUCUUCUACAAAGUCCCAGGCAGAAUGGGAGUCUACACGUUAAAGAAGGACAUCUCAGAGGUGGUGAAGAAGCUGUCCGAGGAGGGCUCUGACGAGAGCAGCGACAAUCUAUCCGACUCCCGAAGCUCCGAGAACAGCGGCGCCGUUCCCCCGGAGGGCAGGAGAGGAAGGUGGAUGCGAAGAGUCCCCUCCAAGCUGCUGCAGUCGCAGCCGUCGUCUCCGCAGCCGCAGUGCUCAUCGCCUCCCGUCUCCUCUAGUAAACUCAUCUCCCCCUCACAGAAACACAGCAAGAAAGCACUCAAACAGGCGCUGAAGCAGCAGCAGCAAAGAAAUCAGCGCAGACAGGGUGGCAUGCCAGCCAUCUCCAGUUCGAGGCUGCUACUAAAGACCAUCAAAGACAUGGCAGAAAACAUUACAACAAAAACUGAGAUGUGCCACCCUGUUGUACCCAGAAAAGUCCCCCAAAGGUCUGGUCGUCUCAACACAGGGCAAAUAAAGCGCACACGGUGUAAAAUAGACGUGGAAACGCCAGACUCUAUUUUGGUUAACACCAACCUGAGAGCACUCAUCAACAAGCACACCUUCUCAGUCCUGCCUCCUGACUGCCAGCAGAAGUUGGUCAAGCUCCUGCCUGAAGUCGACCGCCAGGCUUGCUUGGACGGCCUUCUGAAGGUCACAAGCUCGGCUUUGAACAACGAAUUCUUUGCAUCGGCGGCACAGUCUUGGAAGGAGAGGCUGGCUGAAGGGGAGUUCACGCCCGAGCUGCAGCUCCGAAUGCGUCAGGAAAUUGAGAAGGAAAAGAAAGUUGAGCACUGGAAGGAGGCUUUCUUCGAAAAUUAUUACGGGGAAAACUCAGGCCUCAGCUAUGAGGAAUCCAAAGAGCUGAUAAAGCCCGAUGUGAAUAAGGAGCCCGUCAGGCGGCGGCCUCCUGCUUGUCACACAAAUCCAGCUGCUCCGUCUCUGGAGGACAGAAAGAGCACGAAGGACUGCGUUCAGACGGAUGCUGCCGCUAAGGACAAGAGGCCAACUGAGAAAUCACUGGAACCUCCGAAGGAGCUGCCCAGACACAGAGAGUCCGUCCCCGCCACAGAGCCCAUGAAGACACGGCGGUCACAUGCGGAGGAUCGAAAGCUGAACACAGCGGCGCAGGCUAGGCCGGCGGCGGCCGUAGAGGCGCCAGAGGCCGAGAAACCGACCGAAGAGAGCCCGACGAUUACGCCUCCCGAGAAGCAACACGCGGAGGAAAAGGAGGAGAAGAAAGCCGAACGGCCCGAGUCUCCGGUGAAGAAAAGCCCUCCUCCUCAGGCCGGUGCCGACACGAAGGACGAUCAACCGGGCACUGUGGUUAAAGCGGCUGUCGAGGACCAGGAGGUCACCUCAGAGCCCAGCGGCGGCUCGGACGGCCAGAAGAGGAAACCGCUCAAUGAGGCAGAAGGUGAAGUAACGCCUGAGAAAAGACCUCGUCUGUCUUCCAUGUCCUCUGUGUCUUCGGUCUCCUCAGCAUCUCCAUCAGCAUCAUCCAUAUCCAGCCCUGCCACGCCAUCACCAACCAGUCAGAGGGUCCCGCCUCUCAAGAUCCCGGUGUCGCGAAUUCUUCCUGUUCCUUUGUCACCGAGCCAAGUGUCGCCAAGGACUCCCCUCCACGGCCCGCUCAGCAGCCCGGGGCGUACCGGCGCUCGCACUUUGGCUGACAUCAAAGCCAAAGCUCAGCUCGCCCGGGCACAGAGAGCUGCCGCCGCCUCGCUGUCAUCCGGAUCAAAGGGAGCGGUGCCAGGCCCGGGGCCCGGGGGAGGCAGCGGUGGCGAUCAGAGGCAGCCAUCGCCCAGCCUCAGCCUCAGCCUCAGCCCAACGUCCCCACAGGCUUACCCCAGGUUACCAUCCACCACCAGCAGCCAUCCGUCUCCUGCUCCAUCUCCUUCGCUCAGCUCAAAUCAGACGUCUCAGUCAAGAGCAGCUGAUGACCGGCACAACAGUCAUUUUGCUGGGACCGUCAUAACAGGGCUCCAGAGCGUCCAAAGGAGCUCAGAGGCUUCGGCGGAGCUUUCAUCCGUGCCGGCUGCGUCGGAUAAGGACGCUCCACCAAGUGUGGUAUCACUAACCAGAACCAGUUCUUGCAUUCCUGCAAACAACCCCCUUGUGACACAGUUGCUGCAGGGAAAAGAAGUCCCACUGGAUCAGAUCCUCCCAAAACCGCUAUCCAAGGUGGACAUGAGGGUGUCGAACCCGGCCUCUGGGAGUAGGGGCAAAGCGCCGCAUCUCGUCGACCACAGGGGAACCGGUACAGCUGGACGCGCCGCGGGUCUCCCAGAACACAGCAAACUUCACAGGGAGCUUCCUGAUAAGGAGACCCAAGAGCAGAUCCUUCAGACUCUAAUGCAGAGAAAGGCCCAACAACAGAGCCAGCCGUCUGGAGGUCAGACGCCGCACAGCGUUCCACAAAUGCCACGCGCUGAGGAGCGUCAGGAGCAGUCCAGAGUUUUGCUCGGCUUCUUGGGCCGAAGGAAGAUCCCCAGGCCUGCCAUGACUGGCCACUACCUGCUCAACGUGUCCACGUACGGCAGGGGGUCAGAGAGGAAGAAGGGUCCCAACAAGUCUGUGUCCGCUCUAAAAAGGGAAAGCACGGCGGGAAAGGAGGCGGCUAAGAAGGAUGAGCCCGUCAAAGGUUUCACGCCCGUCACGAGGGUAAAAACUGAGCAGCAGGGAUGCGCGGUCGCCAGGUCCGACGACGCAGCAACUUUUCAGCAUCGCUCCAGUGUAAAGACUGAGCCCGGAGCCGGCGGUCACGACAGCAGCCCCUCUGCAAAAGCCAAAGACGCCAGCCCCUUUUCUCCGUCACACCGCAGUCACCUCGAACUCCGCAGCAGCAAUCAAGGAACCUCUGAGCCAUAUCUCACCCACGCGGACCCAAGUCACCAGCAGCCGACCGCCUCGCAGAGAACGCUUGACAAUCAGGAAGCCGCGGUGGCCUCCAGCUACGGCGGCACCAUCAGCAUGUCCGUACCUCACGCUCUGAACCACAACACUGCGGGCGGCGGCUCCUCCACGUCCUCGUCGGAGGUCAGCGCCGGCGGCAUCUGCGGGAGCGUCAUGUCGUUCUCGGUGACUGUCACCACAAUACCAGCCGGUCACACGUUGGACCACAGCAAUCAGGUCGAGCCCUCGCGCGAGCAGGCCUUCAUGGAGGGCUCCAACAUGGAGGACGUCCAGUCCAAAUGCUACUGCCGACUGAAGGCGAUGAUCAUGUGCAAAGGCUGCGGAGCUUUCUGCCACGAUGACUGUAUCGGCCCUUCAAAGCUGUGUGUGUCGUGUUUAGUGGUACAAUAAUACUAGAUUAAUAAGGACUGAGUUAUGUAAUGGUUUCAUUAGGCAUGGGCCGGUACGUACAACUGAAUAUCAGGGUCACUAUGAAGAAAAACAAAAAGAAUUACUGUAUUUUUUGGAUCGUAAACCGCACCGAAUUUUAAAAGGCACGCUAAAUAUUCUUCCCAAGAGCGUAAUAUCACUCCGCCCCUUCACGUGCUCAGCUCUCUCCUGAGAGGGAGAGCUAUCCGUCUCUGUCAGGAGGACAGAGUAGAUGGACCACACUGCCCUGUUUCUAACAUAAAGCUAAAAUAAACGUAACUUUUAUAUUGAAUUAACUUCCUAGUUUUGUUUAAGCUAGCGGGUACUCCAGGUGCAGGCUGCCUUACAUAAAUGCACUUUUAGUUUAGACAUUACAGUCAG